AUGACCGGGCCGCCGUCCUCUUCCUACCCCAGCCAGGUCUCGCCGUCAGCCGUCGAGAUUUCGCCGGAAAAUCGAAGAGAAAAGCUCGGUUUCGCCCGAAACUUCGCCGGCUUCGUUCUCCGUCGUCCGGCCGCCAUUUUUGGCGAUCAAGGAUAUCUGAUUUUCGAGUUAGGGUUUGGCCGGAUUUCGGGAUGA